AUAUUCUGACGUCAAUCAGAUUCACGUUUCAUUCACUUAGUGAAAAGGGGGGAAGUUAUUUAUAACCUCAACGUCUUAGCCUAGUGUGAUUCUUGGGUGCGCAAAUAGGAAUGUAGCGAUUGGACUGGUCUCUUGCGUUUCAGUAACAAAAGCAGUGGGGCUAGAGCGUCGUUGUGGCUGCACGGUAGGACUGAACCUAAAAUAGGACAGUUCUGUUGGGUCUGAACUAAAUAACUACACGAGCUGUGCUGAGAAACUAUGCCUCUCCAUAGCUUGUAGAGAAUAUUGGAGAGCAUUACUGUGGACUUACUCUACCAUGAUAAACCUGUGCGUCAACCAGGUAAGGCAAUUUUUUAACUUAAUCUAUUUAGGUGUCCAAUUAACUUAGAAACGUAUUAAACAUUUGGACUAAUUGUCUUAUAUUUUGCCUAUUAAAUGAUUAUGAUGCAAUAUGUUUGAUACUAUUACAAUAUUAAACGAAAUUACAUUUUAGGGAACUCGUAUGCACACAAAUACUUUUGAGAUAAUAGAAAAUACAGUUCAAUACGGAAAGACGCAACGUUCUGAUUUACAAAGGGGUGGAUACAACUGCAUAUGGAAUUAUAACUUACAAAAUUAUGAGAGAGGGGUUUAAUCCCAAAGCGCACAUCGCAAAUGUUUACUGAUCUUUCUCAUGCUCUCAGGACCAUGGACAGUGCCAGAUCGCUAACGCUAUGAUUACCUGAUAACGCAAAUAAAUAACACGAAGCAAUUUUAAUUCAUUCACACACGACUAAAAAGCAUUAUUAAUCCUUUAAUUCCGUCAUACUAUUUCCGUGUUCAAAAUCACAUACAAUCAGCUGAGCCUGAUUAAAACCCUUCUUGCUUUUUAAUAAGUCCAAAUAAUUUCAAACGGUUAUCAAAUUAGCCUAUAAUAAAAACAGACUGAUCUGAAUAUAUUGUUUGAAUCGAGAACUGGAACAAGACAACUGAGAACGACCAUUCAUGCCAAAGCAACUGCUUUAAAGCAGUCUAUAAAAUACAUCUACAGAAACAAUAAUAAUAAUAAUAAAUAAUAAAAACCCGAUAAAGUAAGAUUAAUUUAUUUAAUAACGUCGUUGAAUGUUAGCAUAUCGUAUUUUUAUCACUAUAUAUUAAAUUCUGAUAAAACAUUUAUAAAUAUUGAGAACAGUCAUUGAUAAAAUCAAUUUAAAGAUUCAUAUAAAGUAAUACGUUUUGAUAUGCUACACAUUUCAGAAAUUCCAAUCGCAUUUAGACAAACAACACGCAAAUUCAAAGUUCCAUUUGCACCUGAUCCACCUGUCAGUUCAGCCUCUCUUCCAAUAACUCAUUCCUGUGCAUUCAGGCUGCCACCUGGUGGCUUUUCAAAACAAACUGCCUAGUGAUUUCAUGCAAGGUUUAACACAUCACAUCACCUUUCCUUAUCUCUAAAAUUUAAAGUGUUUGUGACAUGGAAAUGUCUCUGGGAUCUGUUUGAUGACUGUAGCAGCAGUCUGCUCUUGCCUUGCAGGACUGAGGCUGAUUUGGGUCCAGUCUGGGUGAUGGCUGACGUGCUGGAGCUCAGGACAGAUGGGAACUCUCUGCUGAAAGCAGUGUGGCUUCGGCGUUUGCGCCUUACAAGGCUUCUCCUGGAAGGUGGAGCCUACAUUAAUGAAAGCAACGAUCGUGGAGAGACGCCGCUCAUGGUGGCCUGCAUGUCCAAACACUCUGACCAGCAGAGUGUCGGCAAGGCUAAGCUCGUCAAGUACCUUCUGGACAACAAAGCUGACCCUAAUAUCCAAGACAAAGCUGGAAGGACAGCCCUUAUGCAUGCAUGCAGCCACAGGGCAGGACAUGAGGUGGUCUCACUUCUACUGACCAACGGGGCUGAUCCAAGCCUGGAGGACCGUCAUGGAUCUUCUGCUUUAGUCUACGCUGUCAAUGCAGAUGAUAAAGAAACCCUAAAAGUUCUCCUUGAUGCCUGCAAAGCCAAAGGCAAGGAGGUCAUCAUCAUUACCACUGACAAAUCGCCAUCUGGAACCAAAACAACCAAGCAGUACCUGAAUGUCCCUCCUUCUCCAGAGUUGGAUGAGAGGACCUCUCCAGCACCGUGUGCCUCACCAUCAGAGAUAGAUCUUCACGCAUCGCCAUCUCCCAGCAAAGAGGAGGAGAAAGACACUGUAUUCAAUUUUCAAACAAAAUUUAAGUCAGCCUCAAACACAGCAGCCAAACUUCCCAAUGGACUUACUUCCCCUAGUAAGAAGCCAGUGAACCCUAAGAGGGCUCGUCUACCCCAGUUGAAGCGUCUACAGUCAGAGCCUUGGGGUCUGAUUGCCCCCUCCAUCUUGGCGGCGGCAAAUGAAGAAAGCAAGAGAGCCAACUCGGAUGAAGAUGUUGUUGCAGGUGUCAAUGGACUGAGUCUGUCCAAAAGAGGCACUUUGUCCCGGCAUAACAGCGUGGACGGAAAAGAUAUCUUGUUUCCGAUGGUGGGAGAUCAGCCCACAAAAAUCUCGCCAACUUCAUCCCUUCCGACAUCUUCCAAAGCCUCCUAUGAGAGAUCGCUGGCACAGCACCAGCCCCUCACACGACGUAGUACUGUCCCCACAGAGCAGGAGGGCUCUGGAGGAAACCUGGGGCCAGUUAGCCUCAGAGACACAGUGCACCGGAGGAGACUGGGGAACGAACACUACGACUCAGACUCCCAGCUGUACUCAGAUUCCAGCAUGCUAGACUCUCCUAAGGCACCUCUGGAGAGGAGGAAGCUCAAUACGUCCCCUCUUGCUAUGCUAACAGGCUCACGAGAGUCCUUGGACAGCAAUCCCAGUACCUCUUCACCUAGCACAGCCAGAUGCAGAGCACCUGGCCUACUGGAGCGGCGUGGCUCUGGAACGCUAUUGCUGGACUAUAUAUCCCACACUCGCCCAGGUCACCUUCCCCCAUUAAACGUCAACCCUAACCCUCCAAUUCCAGAUAUAGGGGCAAGCAGCAAACCCUCAUCCCCACUUGCAGCAGGUAUCAGACCAAUAGCUCCCGUAGCACCAAACUCACCAAAGAGAGGCAACCUCAGGACGAAGAAGAAGCUUGUGAGAAGGCACUCUAUGCAAGUGGAACAGAUGAAGCAGCUUUCAAACUUUGAAGAGCUCAAUCAUCAAUCAUGAAACUCAGUUUAUGUAGAUGUAGCAACUGUAACAUCAUAAAUAUACAUCUGAGAUUUUGGAUAAUGUUGACGCUUAGGCAGGUGGUACCUGUAAUAUAAUUUUAGGUAGUUAGCAUUGAAUGUAGCCAUUUAGGGCAAAGGGAUAUUGUAUCAAGAUGUUAAUCUACUUGCUAGUUUCAAAUAGCAAAAAGAGAAUUUUUGAAAACUGAAUACUAAACUCUCUCUAAGGAAAAAAAAAAAUCUAAUGUCACAGAUGCAUAAAUAGCUUAUUGUCUGUAAAAGGUAUUUAAAGAUGCAACCUAGCUGUUAAAGGUUAGUUUAUAUUUAAUAUAUUAUGUAACGUUAUAGUGGAAGCUUACACAGUCACUUCCUACCAUCCACAGAACUCAUUUUCAAAAUAAAUGUUGGUGGAAAUGGGAUUUACAACAGUCACAAAAAUACAACAAAGAAGUGUGCAAUUUUCCAUUCCGCAACAAAGGUAGUGUUUGUCCUCUUAAAGAGUAGGUGAGAGAGUGUGCUAUUAUUCUUUUGCGUAUGAAGAUUGAAUUUGACAGCUUGACUAGCUAGUUCUAAGCACGGCUCUUCUGCUGCAAACACAAACAGAGACAGAAAUAUCUGUAUAUCUUCAAAGUCUAGACAUCUCUCCGUGAGAUUCAUUAAGGCAGACAGGAGAGUGAAUGCAAAACCAGACUGUCAAAAUGGAGCAGAGAGGUCACCAGAUCAUACCCAUUAAAAGAGAGCAUUCCAUUGGCUCCUGAUUAUAAAGCUGGAAGUCCUGCAAGAAAAGCAAAUCCGGUUGAGAGCUGUAGCAAGAAAGAGGAGAUGCAAGAGAAUUUUUUUCUCUUAUCACUAUACAUACAAUAUGUUAGCUUUUUUUUGUUGAUGUUAAUAAUGCCUCUGUGCAGAUGUAUCAUUACAUGCAUAUCUUAUCUAGAUUCUGUAAGAAAUACUGACCAUCUGUGUCUAAUUAUAGGGGAAUAUGUCUCUUGUAAUUGAUUACAUCCUACAUCAGUUGCAAUAAUACAUGCAACAUUGCAAGUUUAAUUAUUACUUACUCCUUAAAGCAAAGAUGAUUCAUAUAGUCAUAGAGCCCUUAGUUAACCUUGCUAGGUUGGCAGUCUUUACAUAUAUAAAGUGUCAGUUCAUUCCAUGAUGAGUUCAAGAGAUUGAAUGUUUGUAGCUAAUUAGUGUAUAGUGCCUUUGAGGGAGAGUAAAAGGUGUUCUGCAUCACAGAUUACUUUUAAUAAAAUAUCAUUAAGCAGCAUUUGAAUCACAAUAUUAGAAUCAGUAUGCUGCAAGUAAGAAAUCACAUGACAUGAAGUAUAAUGAUGACAACAAAAAUGGCUAAGUAAUACUUUGAUCACAGCCUAUCAUAAUAUAUUUAGAUACAGUCUGUAGCGGAACAUGCCUUGUGAUAAACCAAUGACUAUUGUACAGACAAAUGUGAACGUAGGUAUAUCCAUUUGUCAGCCAAUGUUAUGUGGUGAACUAAUGUGCCCAUGUUACUGUUUGUGCAAAUGCAAAGUGCUUCAGAUUCAUUGCUGCUAUGAUGUUUAAGAGUCACUUGACUGCAUAAGGCUGUCAAAUAAUAAAUGUUCUGUAGUACUAGAGUUAGCUGGCUAACUCCUCACUCAUUUUCCCUGAAUUGAGAAAUUAAACAUAAGCAAUCAACAGAUGCAUUUAUACUUUUGGUCUGUGAUUAUUAAAUACGCAUAUGACAUAAACAUAUGGGUCAAUAAUAAUAAUUAUAUUAAUAAUAAUAACAAUUUAUAAUUCAUAACUGCUGGCACUCAAUAGUAAAAAAAUUAAAUAUAAAAAGAGUUCAAUUUAAAUUAUUAAUGAGCCCCAAAUGAGACCAUGUGAAAAGGUUUUAUCACAACUGUCUUAUAUUAAAACUGUGAGGCAUACUAUUGGUUGCGCUCAUGUUUACAUUGUUUGAUGCAUAGUAUUUUUGUAUGUAGUUUCUUGUAUAUUUUGAAUAAAUGUCUGUAACAAUCUGUACAAUCUUACUGGUCUUUCUAAUCUCAAAGUCUGACAUUUCAAAUGACUGUGUUGAGCAGGACAGACCCAUCGUUGCAGCAUUCAGAUCCCUAGUCUCCGGUCUGUGUCAUUCUUCUGCCCCUAAAGGACCUACUGGUUUA